GGCGGACGGGGAUGAUGCGCAAAGGGCGCGGUGACGACGACCGCAGACGUAGGUGGACAGCAAACAAGUCUUGUGAGUGAACACAGCAUCGUGUGUUGGCGGUGUGGCUGCGCGCGGGAUGAGUCACCACCCCGAAUUCCUACGACGGGCGAGUCUGGAUUCGAAAUCGGAUGAUAACGUUAGGCCCUUCUCGGCGUGAACUAGUCGACCCAUUUGCCUGCUCGUUUUAUUCAUUCAACAUGCCAUCGAUGGUUGAGCAGAUACCCGUGCGGUCUCAUGCCAAGUUGCGCUUCAUAUCCCGCGGCGCAACAAGCUGGGUAUAUCGAGUCGAACAAGACCUCGUCCUAAAGAUUGCCAGGGAUCGGGCAACAAACGCGUUCAAGCACGAGAACACGAUAUACGAUGAGCUCGAACAGCAUGGACCUUGCCCGUAUCUCCUCCAAAGCAUCUUACGACUCCCGCGCUUGAACUUUCUGCCCGUCAUGGGCUGGGGUUCCCUGGAACAAUUAAUCAAGAAUAGUCAACGACGCGGUUCUGGCGGCGAGAUCGACGUCCUGCACACUGUAUCCCAGACGCAGGCCGAGCAGUGGGCAAUGGAGAUGGCCGGGGCGAUGGCGUGGCUGGAGUCCAUGGGCUACGUUCACGGCGACCUGAGACCAGCAAAUAUGCUGAUUGACGAUACGGACCACGUCAAGCUGGCCGACUUUGAUUCUGUCUGCAGAAUCGGGUCUCCUUGCCCCGGCAGCGCACCGCCUUGGGCUCGGGUGCUGGGAGAUGAGGCAGGUCCAGACAAGGGCACAUUCGGCACGAAUGGCCCACGAACUGAGCAAUUUGCCUUUGGAUCCAUCUUAUACACCAUCACACGCGGAUUGGAGCCGUACGAAGACGAACGCGAUAGCGUCAAAGUCCUUGACUGGCUUCAAGACAUGGUUUUUCCCAGCCUGGGUGAGAGUGGCACAGAUGGUAUCAUCGGCCGGUGUUGGAGAGGGUUGUAUCCUUCCAUCAAGUCCCUCUUUGAGGAAACCACCCAGUUGGAAGGCACGUCUACAUUGUCGCAGCCAACGGUCCUCAGCGUUGAGGAUAUAUCAGCACUGCGGGAGCGCUGCAACCGCUUGCUUGAUGACGAAUUGAAGGAAGCGCUGCGGGACUUUUGCGUGUUCGAGACAUAGACAUCGUGGCAGUAGCGAAGUAAAGAUGCAGAUGGCAGACUUUUGUCUCCGCAAAUGUCGAUUAUGGGUUACCUCGGAGGAUCCUUCUGUGCCGUGGAUGACUGCUACCAAGACGUUGGGAAUCCUCAAUACUCUUGCACUGUCUCUGCUUCAGAACC